AUGUCCUCGUCCGCCUCUGAGCGCACGUUGGCCGUGCUCUUCGCGCCGGAAGACAGGCUCGCAACGCCAUACGCACGCGAAAUUGUCACCAAGGCUGGGUUCAGACUGCUGAAGGAGGCGAGUGUGACCGGCGAGGAGCUCGAGGAGGCAGGAGUCGACCUGGGCUUGGGCGUUGGCGAAGAGGGUGCAGCAAGCGCGAGUGCGGCUGAGCAGGAGCACACUGUCUGGGUGCUGGAGAGGCAGGAUGCGGUCGCUGGGCUGAAGAGGAUGCAGUCGACGAGCCUCGCGCAAGAAUGCCCCAACCUCCGCAUGUUCGCCGCCCCAACCCUUUCCGCCGCGACUAUGGCCACCAACGAGCUCUUCCCCUCUCUCCCAUCUUCGCCGACACCAGCUUCGCCGGCUAACGUCGCCUCCCCGACCGCCGAGUCUCCCACCACAUCCAAGCCAUUCGCACUGUCGAACGCGGCUUUCACCGGCAAAGUGCAGCCUCCCCCGAAGACGACGACCCUCUCGCCGGCUAUCGAGAAGGCCCUGGCUGAAGUCGAGGAGCGCGAGGAGCGCGAGCGGCUGCGCAAGCUCAGUCGCAACAGUCGCGCGAGCACAGCGUCGCCCCUCACAGUCCGCUCAGAGGCCAAGACGGCGGAGGGAACACAAACGCCCGAACGAAGGGUGUUCACGAAUCGGUCGCCAACGCCGGAGGAAAUCGACCCCGCCGAGGAUGACGAGGAGCCGGUAGAGGUGCUGGAAGAGCCGCAGGACGUGCAGGAUGAAGACGUCGAGCGGGUCGAGACAGUCGCUCCUCCCGCUCUGCCCAUCGCCCCGCCUCUUCGCCGCGCCACUUCCGCCAUGUCUGGAGCUUCCCUCACUUCCUCGACGUCCUCUGCUACCCCUUUCCGCGCUCGUCCCGCUCCGUCCUUCACGGCCACCGCCGCAUCUCAGCCGCGCCUUACGAAGGCCGCCGCUUUGCGCCUCGGCGUCUCCCUUCCUCCGUCCACCCCUCGACGCUCGACCAUCACCCCUUCCGAGUCUGGAACGUCGAACCCAUCCUCACAAGCGCCCUCACGUACCGCCGUUUCGACGCCAAAGAGCCUCGCCGCGCCGGCCAUCACGCCCCGACUCACCAAGACCGCCGCUCUGCGCACCGGCCAGGGUCCUCCUACCUCCAGCACUACCGCCGCCAAGCCUCGCGUCCGCCAGUCCAUCUCGACAGCGGAGCGUGCCGCUCUCGACCGCCAGCAACGCCGUCACAGCGUCGCGACGACCGCCCCUUCCGCACCUCCCGCUCCGGCUGUCGAAGUGCGCAUGUCGCGCGCGGCAAUGCUCCGCCAAGGUAUCGCCCUCCCGCCUACGACGCCUCGCCGUGCUCCGCCCGCUUCGACGAAGGAGAACCGCCCGAGCAGCAGUAUGAGCGCGAGCAGCGGGAGGGCGAGUAUUGUCUCUUCCGACUUGAAGGCUCUGAGGGAACCGAGCAUCACGCCGAGGAUGACGAAGAGCGUGGCGCUGCGCAAUGGGACGGGGAGGAGCGGGCGCGCGUCGGUUGCGGGCGUUGUUGGGAGGUUUGCGCAGCAGGAGGCGGCGGAGGGCGCGAAUGGUCGGCCUGCCUCGUCGCUCGCCACGUCUACUGCACCUGUCACGCCCAAGCCCCGCCCGGCUCCAACUCGUCCCGCCAGCACCCUCAGCCAGUCGACUACCCGCCCGCCCAUCCCCUCUACUUCCGCUCCGACGCUCACGCCGCGCACCAACAAGGCUGCUGAGUUGCGCGCAAAGCUCAAGCUUGCAAAGGAGGCGGAGGCGGCCAAGAAGGAGGUCGGGCCGAAGAAGGAUCCGCCUCCCGCCCUCAAGGCGAGGAACUGA